AUGGAAGACCCAACUGGCGGCCACACCGCCGCGGUGUCGUCCAGGAAAGCCCAGCUGGUGGACCAACUGCCAAAGCGCUUCAAAGGCAUCAAGUUCGGCAUCCAGUCAAACCAGGACAUCGUCAACCAGGCUGUCCUGGAAGUGUCGGAUCGCAUGCUGUACGACAUCGAAAAUGAGCGAAAGCCCUCCCAACAUGGCCCCCUCGAUACCCGUCUGGGAACUUCGAGCAAGAGCAAGACUUGCGAUACAUGCCAUCAGAAGCUCGCCUUCUGUUCCGGCCAUUUUGGACACAUUCGCCUGCCGCUGCCUGCAUUCCACAUCGGCUACUUGCGCUUCAUCAUGACUAUUCUCCAGAAUAUUUGCAAGGACUGUGGCUGCGUCCUUCUGACCGAACCCGAAAAACGAAUGUAUCUUAAGGAGCUACGACGACCGGGCCUCGACAACAUGCGACGCACCCUCAUUUGCAAGAAAAUCAACGAGGUCUGCAAGAAGGUCAAAGAAUGUCCGUACUGCAAGGCUGUCAAUGGAACUAUCAAGAAGCUGGGCGUCUUGAAGCUUGCGCACGACCGCUUUGCUGCCUUCAAUAGGUCGACUUCCGCGAAGAAGAUCCCGCCGGAGAGCAAAGUAAAGUUCGACAACUCCUUCUCGGCUGCCAAGAAGUACACCCCCGAGCUCGAGAAGCAUAUUCGCAAGGCGUUUGAAGAUCUGAGCCCCCUGCGAGUAUUGAACCUAUUCAAGAAGGUCAGCCCUUCUGACUGCGAGCUUCUUGGCCUGGACCCUGCCGAGGGUAGGCCUGAGAUGUUCCUGUGGCAAUAUCUCCCGGCGCCACCCAUCUGUAUCAGGCCCUCUGUUGCCCAGGAUAACGCAAGUACUGAGGACGAUCUGACGACCAAACUUGCCGAGAUUGUUCAGAUCAGCGGCCUAAUCCGUGCUUCUCUGGCUAAGGGCACGCCUAUCGGCACUAUCAUGGAGUUGUGGGAAUUUCUCCAGCUCCAGAUAGCCAUGUACGUGAACAGUGAGGUUCCUGGCCUCGCUCAGCCCGGGUUUGGGAAAACAACGAGGGGAUUCUGCCAGCGCCUCAAGGGCAAGCAGGGGCGCUUCAGAGGCAAUUUGUCAGGAAAGCGUGUCGACUUCUCGGGUCGAACCGUCAUUUCACCAGACCCCAAUCUCGGCAUUGAUCAGGUGGCCGUCCCAAUCCUGGUUGCCAAGAACCUGACAUAUCCUGAACGAGUGAACCACAACAACAUUGAAAAACUCAAAAAGUGCGUCAUCAACGGGCCCUACGAAUGGCCAGGCGCCAUUCAAGUCUUGCAGAGGAAGAACGACGACGUUCCCUACUACAAAUCUCAGUUGAAAUGGGUAGACGACCGUGAGGAGAUUGCACGGACACUGAAAGCUGGGGACAUCGUGGAGCGUCACUUGGAAGAUGGCGACAUUGUUCUUUUCAACCGGCAGCCCUCUCUACACAAGCUUAGUAUCAUGAGCCAUCUUGUCAAGGUACGGCCAUGGAGGACGUUCCGUCUGAACGAGUGUGUCUGCACUCCCUACAACGCCGAUUUUGAUGGCGACGAGAUGAACCUUCAUGUUCCACAGACAGAAGAAGCCCGUGCCGAGGCGAUUACCUUGAUGGGUGUCAAACACAACCUUGCCACACCAAAGAACGGCGAGCCCAUUAUUGCCGCCACUCAAGACUUCAUCACGGCUGCAUAUCUCAUCAGUAGCAAGGACCGCUUCUACACCAGACGGGAGUUUGCCUAUAUCUGCAUGCACAUGACCGAGGCGACAGUGCACCUUGACAUCCCGCCACCGGCCAUUCUGAAACCGCAAGCCUUGUGGACCGGCAAACAGGUCUUCAGCAUGUUGAUGCGCCCGAAUAAGGAGACCAACGUCAAGGUCAACCUUGAUGCCAAAUGCAGAGAAUACAAGCCUCGCCCUGGGGAGUGUCCCGACAUGUGCCCCAACGAUGGUUGGUUGGUCAUCCGCAACUCGGAGGUCAUGUGUGGUCGCAUGGAUAAGUCAACUGUUGGUGGUGGUAAAAAGGACUCUAUCUUCUAUGUCAUCUUGCGAGACUUCGGCCCCGAUGCUGCUGUCAUUGCCAUGAACCGCCUCGCCAAGCUUUGCGCGCGAUUCCUCGGAAACCGCGGCUUCUCUAUUGGAGUCUACGAUGUAUUCCCGCCCGCAGAACUCAAUGUUGGAAAGGAAGCGUUGGUCAAGAGUGCCAAUGCCGAAUGCGAUAAGCUGAUCACAUUGUUCAAGGAGGGAAGACUGGAAAAGGCCGCUGGUUGCAAUCCCGAACAGACCCUGGAGAACGCCAUUUCUGGUAUUCUCAGUCGAGUCCGUCAGCAAGCUGGUCAAAAGUGUAACGAGACACUGAGCAGAAACAACGCCCCGCUGACCAUGGCCAAGUCUGGAUCGAAAGGUUCAGACAUCAACGUGGCUCAGAUGGUGGCUGUCGUCGGACAGCAGAUUAUCGGCGGCCAGCGUGUGCCUGAUGGCUUCCAGGAUCGCAGUUUGCCUCACUUUCACAAAAAUGCACGCCAGCCGCCUUCCAAAGGUUUCGUCAAGAACAGUUUCUACUCUGGACUUGUACCUACCGAGUUCCUCUUUCACGCCAUCUCCGGUCGUGAGGGUCUGGUCGAUACUGCGGUCAAGACCGCUGAGACCGGUUAUAUGUCGCGGCGUCUGAUGAAGUCGUUGGAAGACUUGUCGACUCAAUACGACCACAGCGUCCGCACAUCUGGUGGCGGCAUCGUGCAAUUCCAGUUCGGUGCUGAUCGUCUGGAUCCCGUUAACAUGGAAGGCGCGGCGAAGCCUGUCCAUUUCGACCGCACUUGGACGCACGCCGAGAACCUGACCUUGGAUAACUCGGAACCGUCGCUGUUGCCCGACCAGGUCAUGGAGAUCUGCAACACCAUGUUGAACGCCGAGCGUAACAGAUGCAUUCGACGAGACCUUGUCACGAACAAAAUUCUUCCAUAUAACGACGAUAGCGAUAAAAGCCUUGACUGGCAGGAAGGCAAGAGGAACUUCAUCGAGACUGUUCAUGCCUAUGUCAAAGCACGCGCGGAGAAAAUUGCAAAAAUUCGAAAAAUGUCGGGUCUUGAGGUCAACAAUCACGAGGCAUCUAUGGAUCUGGAUGGUCAUGACGAGGAAUGGGCUAUGGAACGGCGAACUGAGCUGGUGGCCAAGGUGUCGAAGAGCACGCUGAAGCUGUUUAUCAAGCUGUGCCUAGACAAGUACGAAGCGGCGCAGGUUGAACCUGGCCAUGCCGUCGGUGCCGUUGGUGCUCAAUCAAUUGGAGAGCCGGGCACCCAAAUGACGCUUAAGACUUUCCAUUUCGCCGGUGUCGCCGGUAUGAGUAUCACACAAGGUGUGCCGCGUAUCAAGGAGAUUAUCAACGCGUCAAAGAAGAUCUCCACCCCUGUCAUCGAGUGCCCCCUGCAAAACAACAAGCAGAUCGAGGCUGCCCGAAUCGUCAAAGGCAGGAUUGAGAAGACAUACGUGUCUGACGUUCUUCGCUUUAUCGAAGAUGAAUGGGAAGCCGGCGGUGGCAAGAUCAUUCUCAAAAUUGAUCGCGAGGCGCUGCAGGAUAUGCACCUGGGCAUUGGUCUCAAUGACAUUGCCCGUGCUAUUGUGAAGCACAAGAAGCUCAAGGUUGACGAGAACUCCAUCGAGGUCAACCACGGCGCAGGCACCGUGCUACUGAACGUCAGCUACAGCUGGUUAGACUCUGGAGCGAAACGAGGCACCAAGAGUAAGGUCGCCGCCGAGGAAGGCUCCGAUCUGCUGCUCAGGGUGAACUUCCUGCGCCGAAUGCUGCCUACGGUUGCUAUUUCCGGCUACCCCGAGGCCACGCGAGCCAUCAUCCAGACGUCGGAGCAGAGCGAGCACGCCGUCGUCGUCGAGGGGUACGGCCUGCUGGACUGCAUGAAUACAGAAGGUGUCAUCGGCACCAGAACCAAGUCCAACAACAUCAUGGAGUGCAAGGACAUCCUCGGCAUCGAGGCUGCGCGGCUGACCAUCGCGCACGAGAUCGGCGUUGUCAUGGGCGACAUGGGCAUCGACCCGCGGCACAUGGACCUGCUGGCCGACGUCAUGACGUACAAGGGCGAGGUGCUGGGCAUCACACGCUUCGGCCUGUCCAAGAUGCGCGACAGCGUGCUGCAGCUCGCCUCGUUCGAGAAGACGCCCGACCACCUGUUCGAGGCGGCCGCGGGCAUGAAGACGGACCGCAUCGAGGGCGUCAGCGAGAACAUCAUCAUGGGCCAGACCAUGGGCGUUGGCACGGGUGCCUUCAAGAUGGUGCGCCGCCUCGGGCUCGACAAGAAGGACACGGUGCCGCGGCGGACGCUGUUCGAGGAGGCCUGGGAGAAAGGCGCCAAGAUGCGGAGGGGCACGAGGAGGGCUACUGCUGCGGCUGCGGCUCCUACUGUGAGGGCUGCUGCUUGA